AUGAGUUCAGAUGACGCUCGCUAUGAUGACAAUGUGCGACUGCGACAAGUUCUCAAGAGCCAAGAGGACCGGUUAUUCUUGUCCCGAGAUUCCGAUCUUACGAUUGUCGAGGUUGUCCAGCUCUCAAAGACAAAGGCAACUGCUCCCCAAGGUUUCAUAAGCUCUUUUGCCAAGUCAGCACAAGAAUUACAAAACCUAAUUUCAGUACUGGACUUUGAGAAUAGCGAUGUUUUAUUCAUUCUCCGACAAAGCUGCACCUGGGGUCGCUUCAUGCUUACUCCGCAGGCCUUUGAUGAGAUCCUCAACAAGAUCCAAUUUUCGUAUGCGUUUUUCGAUAUCCUCCAAACGUAUGGCUUUAAGCUUCGCGAUGAUGAACCAAGAUUUGGCUGCUGGAACAUCCAAUAUCAACCCCAACUAAUAGAUCAAGACGAACCUGGAUUCGAUAAGGCAUUCCACUCUCGAGUCGGACCUAAACUGGCUCAUAUCUUAAGCCAUCGUAAUAAUCAGGCAUUGAUCCAGACAAGCGAGCAUGUUCGACAGUUGGUUGAAAGCGCCAAGGUUGAGGGUCAAAAUAUCCAAAACAGCCUUCGAAGUUCACAAGACGAUUCAAAGACAAUCAAGAUGUUGUCCAUUAUUGCAGUGCUGUACUUACCUGCAUCUCUAGUCGCGUCUGUUUUCAGUACCGGACUGAUACAGUACGGCGAAUCGGACGACCGAGGAAGUGUCCAUCUUUCGACAAGUUUUUGGCUCCUCCCCGUUCUGACGCUGGCGCUAUCAUUUAUCACGUUCAGUAUCACCCAGAUCGUUCUUCGACUGUGGCAUUAA